AUGGCCGCUGAAGGAGAGGAGCUGGAGGGGCUGGCGGACCGCGAGGAGAGCCCCUGCCUCGAUAACGGAGACACCGAAGAAGAGGAAGAGGCGUCGCAGGGAAACCAAACUCCGUCCAGCCCCCACGACUCCGGCAUCGGCGAGUUCUACGAGUCCAAAGACGACCCGGAGGACGUCACCGAGGAUAUAUCCGACGAACUGGACCCGGACGUGGACAACAUGGCGGACGAGGAGGACCAGAGGGAGAUGAACGGCUGGAGGAACGCCGGGAAGAAAGGCCGGGUCAAAAACAGCGUGUCCUUUUCCGAAGCGAACCCGGCUUAUGCCCCGAAAGGCAGCGGCGUUCCUCGACACAAACAAGCCCGGAGACGCAACCACCACCACCACCAACCAACCCGAGGCCGGCGAAAGACCGGCAACCAGCUGUUAGCCUCGUUAAAGGAGACGCUGUCCGAAUCCGUGGGCUUGUGGUGCAUGUCCUGCGUCCAUAUGAUGAUAGAAAUCAUAGUGACUUUGACUCAUAACUGUGGCGUGGCGGUGGAAGCCGGCGGGGUCAGAUUGUACAACUUUGGGCAGAAACUGGUGGGUAAAGUCUCGGAUGUAGACGCGAUGAGGGCAGACGCGUCCCGGAUGUUCAAUUGGACUAAAAGCAACGCGUGGAAUAUUAAAGACAGACUAGUUACGUACGGGAAAAUCACAAUGUCUUCUGCCUUAACGUGCUGUAAACUUUUCUGCGCCCUGGCGUUUCUUGCUUUUCUCUGGAUGCGAGGAGUUGCGGGGCGCGUCGGCGGAGAGCGGGGGAAGCGGCUCUGGACGUAUAUUCAAGAGUCGAGGUUUUGGCAGAAGUUGGUGGGGUUGAUAGAGAAUGUAAGGAACAGUUUUAGGAGGAAAUGCGCCCCGUCCAGCCCAGAGUCCCCGGGGCAGGGGGGCAGAGGGGCACCAGGGCAGGAGCUGGAGCGGCUGCUGGCCCUGGCCGACGUCCCGGAGGAGGAGCUGGACCCCUUUUCGGUGCUGGGGGUGGAGGUGCACGCGACGGAGGCGGAGCUGAAGAAGGCGUACCGGCAGCUGGCGGUGCAGGUUCAUCCGGACAAAAACAAACACCCUCGAGCCGGAGAGGCGUUCAAAGUACUGCGCGCCGCCUGGGACAUCGUCAGUAACCCCGAGACCAGACGAGAGUACGAGCUGAAGAGGAUGGCGGCAUCUGAACUCUCCAAGUCCAUGAACGAGUUUCUCACUAAACUCCAGGACGACCUGAAAGAAGCGAUGAACACCAUGAUGUGCACCAAGUGUGAAGGAAAACACAAGCGUUUCGAGAUGGACCGCGAGCCGUCCGCGGCGCGCUUCUGUGCCGAGUGUAACCGUUGCCAUAGCGCCGAAGAGGGCGACCUGUGGGCGGAGUCAAGCAUGCUGGGUCUACGCAUCACCUACUUCGCCUGCAUGGACGGGAAAGUCUACGACAUCACAGGAUCACAGGUACACGUCGCUCUCACGGGAUCACAGGUACACGUCGCUCUCACGGGAUCACAGGUACACGCCUUUCUCAUGGGAUCACAGGUACACGCCUUUCUCAUGGGAUCACAGGGACACGCCUUUCUCAUGGGAUCACAGGGACACGCCGUUCUCAGGGGAUCACAGGGACACGCCGUUCUCAGGGGAUCACAGGGACACGCCGUUCUCAGGGGAUCACAGGGACACACCGUUCUCAAGAAUCACAGGGACACGCCGUUCUCAGGGGAUCACAGGGACACACCGUUCUCAGGGGAUCACAGGGACACGCCGCUCUCACGGGAUCACAGGGACACGCCGCUCUCACGGGAUCACAGGGACACGCCGUUCUCAGGGGAUCACAGGGACACACCGUUCUCAGGGGAUCACAGGGACACGCCGCUCUCACGGGAUCACAGGGACACGCCGCUCUCAUGGGAUGACAGGGACACGCCGUUCUCAGGGGAUCACAGGGACACGCCGUUCUCAGGGGAUCACAGGGACACGCCGUUCUCAGGGGAUCACAGGGACACGCCGUUCUCAGGGGAUCACAGGGACACGCCGUUCUCAGGGGAUCACAGGGACACGCCGUUCUCAGGGGAUCACAGGGACACGCCGUUCUCAGGGGAUCACAGGGACACGCCGCUCUCACGGGAUCACAGGGACACGCCGUUCUCAGGGGAUCACAGGGACACGCCGUUCUCAGGGGAUCACAGGGACACGCCGUUCUCAGGGGAUCACAGGGACACACCGUUCUCAGGGGAUCACAGGGACACGCCGCUCUCACGGGAUCACAGGGACACGCCGUUCUCAGGGGAUCACAGAGACACACCGUUCUCAGGGGAUCACAGCGACACGCCAUUCUCAGGGGAUCACAGGGACACGCCGCUCUCACGGGAUCACAGGGACACGCCGCUCUCACGGGAUCACAGGCACACGCCGUUCUCAGGGGAUCACAGGGACACGCCGUUCUCAGGGGAUCACAGGGACACGCCGCUCUCACGGGAUCACAGGCACACGCCGUUCUCAGGGGAUCACAGGGACACGCCGCUCUCACGGGAUCACAGGGACACGCCGCUCUCACGGGAUGACAGGGACACGCCGUUCUCAGGGGAUGACAGGGACACGCCGUUCUCAGGGGAUCACAGGGACACGCCGCUCUCACGGGAUCACAGGGACACGCCGCUCUCACGGGAUCACAGGGACACGCCGCUCUCACGGGAUGACAGGGACACGCCGUUCUCAGGGGAUGACAGGGACACGCCGUUCUCAGGGGAUCACAGGGACACGCCGUUCUCAGGGGAUCACAGGGACACGCCGUUCUCAGGGGAUCACAGGGACACGCCGUUCUCAGGGGAUCACAGGGACACACCGUUCUCAGGGGAUCACAGGGACACGCCGCUCUCACGGGAUCACAGGGACACGCCGUUCUCACGGGAUCACAGGGACACGCCGCUCUCACGGGAUCACAGGGACACACCGUUCUCAGGGGAUCACAGGGACACGCCGUUCUCAGGGGAUCACAGGGACACGCCGUUCUCAGGGGAUCACAGGGACACGCCGCUCUCACGGGAUCACAGGGACACGCCGUUCUCAGGGGAUCACAGGGACACGCCAUUCUCAGGGGAUCACAAGGACACGCCGCUCUCACGGGAUCACAGGGACACGCCGCUCUCACGGGAUCACAGGGACACGCCGUUCUCAGGGGAUCACAGGGACACACCAUUCUCAGGGGAUCACAGGGACACGCCGCUCUCACGGGAUCACAGGGACACGCCGCUCUCACAGGAUCACAGGGACACACCGUUCUCACGGGAUCACAGGGACACGCCGCUCUCACGGGAUCACAGGGACACGCCGUUCUCAGGGGAUCACAGGGACACGCCAUUCUCAGGGGAUCACAGGGACACGCCGUUCUCAGGGGAUCACAGGGACACGCCGUUCUCAGGGGAUCACAGGGACACGCCGUUCUCAGGGGAUCACAGGGACACGCCGUUCUCAGGGGAUCACAGGGACACGCCGUUCUCAGGGGAUCACAGGUACUCUGGGACUGGUUCCGGAGCGUUGAGACAGAGACAGCACCGGGUGAAGUGA